AUGCCCGUUGAUAAAUCCGGAGAAGAAAUUUCACCUGUCGUCAGCUUGGACGACCUUAAGGUCGGCCAACGAGUUCUUUACCAUCCAGUCGGAGGUUCUCAACAGACUACCGAAGGCGUUAUCAAGGAAAUUAUUACCGAACCUGAAGUUGCGGGUCAUAGGCAAGUUCAAGUGAAAGCGUCUGAAACUGAUCCAAGGAUCUUGAUUGAGAAUUCAAACACCCAUAAAAAUAUGUCGACUCUAUUUUUGAAAUCGCGUCAAUUGUUCGCAGGUUCAUUUCUCAUGCAAACUCGUCAAUUCUCGUUCAAAUUUUCACGAGUCCUUUCACCUCUUGGAAGUCACAUGUCUAUUGAUCCGGAAAUUGUAAAGCAAGAAAAAGAAAAGGUCGUGAAGAAAGAAAAAACGAGUACAAUUAAAUCAGCUCCAGGGUGGAGUGAAAAUUUAGCAUCCGAAAGCGAAGCAGCGGUCAAAGCGGAGAGAGAUCAUUCGGUUACCAUCGAAGAUUUGCAAAAUCAUUCGAUUAAUAUUAUUGAACAACAUCAUGGUGAUAGACAAGAACAACCGCGACAAGAACAAUAA